AUGGCGAGGAUUAUCAGUGCAUCGGAGCUGGAAAAGGCUGCUGGUGCAUUGGCUCGUGGAAAUUUGGUAGCCAUUCCAACGGAAACUGUGUAUGGUUUGGGCGGCAACGCACUUAAUAAGGAGGCAGUGGAAAAGAUUUUUACAGUGAAGGGCCGUCCAUUGACCGAUCCCCUGAUUUGCCACGUGUCGGAUGUUGAGAAGGCAAUGGAUCUGUGGGAUGUGCAUGCCGAUCCGGAGGCUGUGGAAUUGGCCAGGGUUUUGGGAACGGCAAUUUGGCCUGGACCUUUAACCAUUGUGUUGAGGGCGAACCCAUUGUUGCCGAAUUCGGUAACUGGGGGAUCGGGUUUUGUGGGUGCGAGAAUUCCACGCCAUGAAAUAACUUUAAGGCUGUUGCAGCUCGUGAAUUUCCCUGUGGCGGCUCCCAGUGCGAAUACAUUUGGUCAUGUUAGCCCUACCACGGCCGAUCACGUACUCAAGGAUUUGGGGCCGAAAGAUUCCUCCUUAUUGAUUGUCGAUGGUGGACCAUGUGACAUUGGUAUUGAAUCUACCGUGGUGAAAGUAAAUAAUGUAGAGAGCGUUGAAAUUCUUCGCCGAGGAGGAGUUACACUCACGGAAGUGCAACGUGCUCUUGGUGAUAAAUUUCAUCCUCUCAUUACGAUUCGGGAUACUCGUUUGCGUCACCUCAGUCCUGAAAUGGCGAUGGAUGGACCCGGUCAGCUGCUCAUGCAUUACUCACCGAGUGUUCCGUCAAGGCUGUUAACGCCCAGUAGCUUCACCACCAAUCUGCCAAUGGAUCCAGAGGGGGCGUUGGUGGAGUUUUCUUCAAAUUCUUCCGUAGCUGCGCCGACGGAGGUAUUGUUAAGGCACACGGUGAUAAUUGACUUUGGGGGUAAGCUCCACUGCCUUAAAUCGGGUUGUUUGGCAUAUCGUGACCUGAGCGUGAAUGCCCAAGUGCGAGAGGCGUGUUUUGCCGUAUUUGAUGCGUUGCGAUGGACCGAAACUAUUCCUGGAGCGGAGGUGGUGCUUUUUCCACUCGUGUCGGAGUGGCCGCAUGCCUCAGUGGACACGGAUCUCUUAGCAGCAGUGGAAGACCGUUUGUUCCGCGCCGCCUCCGGUAAGGUUGCACGGAUCUGCAUGCAAUCAAGAAGUGUGUAA